AUGAGCGCUACGGAUUGCGUCGAUCUCCGACGGAUUUGGCUUGAGCCGGCUCGCAGCCGCUACAUCAAUUUCGGAUUGAAGAUUCUUCUCGAAAUACUUAAGCUGGCCCCCGACGGUAGAAUUUCGUGGCCCAGAACGUUGCAGCAGUUCGAGUACUUCGCCAGCCUCAUUGCGGACCGUCAUCCGGGUCUGUCAGGGGCAUUUUGCUUCAUCGAUGGUGUGAAGAUUCCUGUCGCUGAAUCGCUCGACGAAGACACUCAAAACUCCCAGUACAAUGGGUGGACAUGCUCGCACUACUGCUCAUCCGUUUUCGUGUUUGCACCGGACGGAACUAUCAUUUGCGCACUUAUGAAUGCUCCCGGUAGUUGGCACGAUGCUGCCGUGGCUCAAGACCUGUACGGCAAGCUCCAAGAUAAAACGCCAGAAGGGUUUUUCGCCAUAGCGGAUUCAGCAUUUCCAAGGUCGCGUCAAGGAAUAUCAAGUCGCAUCCAGACGCCGUUGAAGAAGCGCUCACGCCAGCCGCGUAUCCUCCGUGAGCAAGGCCGGUUUGAUGAACUAGAGGCACUGAUGGCGCGUAACAGCGAAUUGGUUUCUGCCCGGCAAGCAGCGGAAUGGGGGAUGAGAUCUCUACAAGGCUCGUUUGCAAGGCUCAAGAUGCCGCUCCCAGCGGAUGAUGAUGAGUACCGCUCCAUUGUCAUCGAACCUGCGCUCGCCUACACCAAGUGCGAACUCGCCAGGUCGGAAUCAACCAGAUAA